AUGGAAAAGUCUCUAAUUAUAAAAGACUUAAAUUAUGAAAGAUUAUCUCUUGUUUGGUUUGAUUAUCAAAUAAGUCAUUUACCAGAAUAUGUUAAUCUUCAAGAAAAACUUCGAAAUACCAUUAAUUAUUUAAAAAUAUUUGAAAAUCUAGAUCAAUGUGAACAAUAUAUUCGAUCAAUAUCUGAUAAUGAUCGAGUUAUCAUAAUUAUCAAUUAUGAAUCUGCUGAAAAGAUUAUAUCACAUAUCCAUUCAUUAAGACAAGUCGAUUCUAUUUAUAUUUAUAACAUCGAUGAGAAGAUAAAUAAAAAAUGGAUUGAAAAAUAUUUUAAGAUCAAAUGUAUGGUAUUAGAAUUAGAUGAACUUGUACCUAAAAUUGAAUUAAAACUUAAUAAAAUCGAUGAAUCCUUUGCAAUAUUUAGUUUUAAGACAAAUAUCAAUCAAGAUCAAGAUCAAUCAAUAACGGAAUUAAAUAAUCAAUUUCUUUAUUCUCAAAUAAUCAUGGAUUGUCUUCUUCGAAUUGAAAAUAAUUUAUCGGAUCGUACACAACUUAUAUCUCUAUGUCAAAAUAUAUAUAAAGAUAAUAAAAUUCAAUUAAAUCAUAUUGAAGAAUUCGAAAAAAAUUAUACAUCAAAUCAAGCAUUAUCCUGGUAUAUGAAAGAUAUAUUUCUAUCAAAAAUUUUAAAUAAAGCACUUUCUAUACAAAAUAUUGAUAUACUUUUUUUAUAUCGUUUUUUUCUCUAUGAUAUUCGAGAACAACUUAUACAAAAUCAAUAUCCAUCAUCGAUUCAUUUAUAUCGAACUUUAAUAAUAUCGAAUGAUGAAUUACAAAUAUUAAAAGAUACUAUAAAUGGAUUUAUUACAAUAAAUACAUUUUUUACAGCGAAAUGUAAUCGUCAAUCAGCCCUUGAUGAAUUUGAUCAAUUGGUUUUAACAGAUAAUUUACAACGAAUAUUAUUCGAAAUUGAUGCUCAUCCUCAAGUAGAUAAUAUUCAACCAUUUUCUACUAUUAAUUCUUCUGAAAUAUUAUUUAUGUCAGGUUCAAUUUUUCAUUUAGAUAAUAUUAUACUUAAUGAUGAUCAAUUAUGGAUUAUUCAUAUGACAUUAACAAAUUUUAAUCAUGAAAAUUUAAUAACACAAUUUGACUGUAUGAAUAAAAAAAUUCAAUAUAAUAAAAAUCAAAUAAAUAAAUUAACAUUCGGAAAUAUUCUAUGGAAAAUGAAUAAAUUAGAUGAAGCUGAAAAAUAUUAUUUAUAUAUGAUCGAUUUAUUACCUAAUAAUGAUUUAAAUUUACCAGAUUUAUACUAUAAUUUAGGACAUAUUUAUUCUGAUAAGAAAAAUUACGAUUUAAGUUUAAAAUGGUAUAAUAAAUCACUUGAAAUAUGGAUAAAAAUAUUAAAAUCAAAUGAUCCUGAUUUAGCAAAUAAUUAUAAUGCAAUUGCAACAAAUUAUUUAAAUAAAGGUGAUUAUAAACAAGCAUUUGAUUCAUUUGAUAAAGCAUUAAAUAUUCUUCGAAGUGCUUACGGUGAUGAUCAUAUAAGUAUAGCAAUGUGUUUAAAUAAUAUGGGUACAGUUAUAACAACUGAAAAAAAUUAUUCCAAAGCUUUAGAUUAUUAUCUAAAAGCAUUGACACUUUUUCAAAAAUAUCUUACAAAUAAUAAUCCAAAUUUAGCUAGUUUACAUUGUAAUAUUAGUACAAUAUAUAAACAUCUUAAUCAAAUUGAUUUUGUAUUAGAACAUUUAAAUUAUGCAUUGAAAAUCUAUGAAAAUUCACUUCCAUUAGAAUAUUCAAAUAUUAUUAUGAUAUUAAAGAAUAUUGCGUUUCUUUACGAACAGAAAGAAGAUUAUCAUCAAGCAUUAAUUUAUUAUAAAAAAAUAUCGGAUAUUUAUCAACAAACAUUAACUUUAACGGAUCCCGUUGUUGUACAAAAUGAAGAAAAAAUUCAAUAUUUAUUAACAUUUCAACAUGAAAAACAUUCUUUUAAUUAA